AUGGACCGGAUGAUUGGCUGGGCCGAUGACAGCGUACCAAGCGGACUUCCAAGCAUCGCUCACGACGACAACACAGUUCCAGUUGGCACUGUCCAGCCAUCUCAUGCCUCAUACCAUCCACACCAUCCAUCCCACCCCUUCUCUCAACCUCCUGCACAACAUCACCAUCCUGCUGUCGCAGGUGGUUAUGGACAUCAGCAUUGGCAGCCUGUCCAGCCGCCACAUGUGAACAGCGUGCAGCAGCAGCAGCAGCAGCAACAGCAACAGCAGCAGCAGCAACAGCAACAGCAGCAGCAGCAGCAUCAGCCGCAGCAGCAUCAACAGCAGCAACAGUUGCCGCCAUCUCGCCCAGCCUCGACGAUCCCGAUACCAGUUUCUACGCCGGUGCCUGUGUCCCUUCCUCCAACUGCACCGACCUCGUCGACGCCCGUGCCCGCGCCGCAGUCCCAACCUCAAACUCAGCCGCGACAAACGAAGAAGCGAAAGCUGAACGAUCAGAGGCAACAGCAGCAGCAACAGCAGCAGCAACAACAGCAGCAAGCGUCUGCUGGCCCAUCCACAUCCACCACAGAUCGGCUGGGUCUUCUGCAGACAAAUCUGCCAUCGCCGGCUCCUUCGGCAUCGGUGCCAACUCCUCCCCCUCCAGCGAAUCAACAGGCCGCUCAGUCCACCCCCACGGUAGCCACGUCCUCAAAGCAGAGCGCCCCACCCCAGACGCCUCAAAAUUGGUCUGUCGCAGGCCCUUCGAGUGCCCAACGAACCUCAUCCUCCGCAAUGCCUACCUCUCCUGCGCCGGCAUUGGCACCUCCUCCUGAAGGCAUCUAUCGAACAUUCGAAGACCUUUUGACUGCCGUACAGCGUGUGGCAAAGGACCAGGGAUAUGGAGUCGUGAAGCUUCGAUCCAGCAAUUAUCGUGAGGGCAAGCCAACUCGCUUCGACCUGGUGUGUGAUCGUGGAGGAGUCAAGUACAGCAGUACGGCAAAGAAGCGCAACCCCAGCACGCGCAAGGUAGAUUGUCCGUGGCGUGGAAAAGCUGUGUGCGAAGUGCAGCUGGGAAAUCAAUGGCGCUUCGUCGUUCAAGAGGCACGACACAAUCACGAACCUCGCGUGCCUACCGCCCCGCCUGGGCAAGAGAACACGCCCGUUGCACAGAGCAUUAGAAGCUUGACCAACAAGAUCGACCGCAUGACCCACGAGAUGACUCAGGGCUUCACCAGAUUAGAGUCUCGCCUAGAAAGCAUGGAGAAGCGGAUCGAAUCUUUUGAGCAAAAUCAACAGAGCCAAUUGAACCAGCAAGGUCAACAGACUCAGCAGAGCCAACAGAAUCAUCACAACCACAUGAUUCAAAACCGCGUUCCCAUGAUGAGCGCACCUCCUGGUAUUUUGGACGGUAGGAUGAACCAAAUGGAAGCCCGCAUGGAAGCUAUUGAGCGGGGAGGCAUGGACAUGCAACUGGGCGACAUGGAUGCGACCACAAGACUGCUCACGGGUUCGACCAUGUAA